AUGUGCAAAACCCUAUGUGGAACACUGCUCCUACUGGCCAUCUUUGUCCUGUUUCUGAACUUCAGCCAUGCAACUGCAAAAACUAUCAUGGGAGGUAGGGAAAAUUCUAAAGGAAACUUCAUUGAAAAAAACAAACUGAAUGAUGUAUAUGAUGUCUUCGAAUUUCUUUACAACAAGUACAAUGAUGACACAUAUCUCAGCAACAUAAAAAAUCAGUCAUUCACCAUGCACAUAUGGGAAAUUGGAGAAAUUGAAAUGGUUAAAACCACAUGUAAAAAGACAGAGUCUGACUUCCACCAAUGUCAUUUAGAGAGGGAAUUCUAUACCAUAAAGCGGAUUUCUAAAGUAACAAUGUACUAUAUAUGGUUGCCUGGAAGAGUCAGAUGCAGGAAGUUCCGAUCUAAUCUGGGCAAAUGUCCCUUCCAAGAACAAACAGAAGAACUGAAGAGAGAAAUAUGUUACUUUCAACUGUAUCCUCAUUAUUAUAAGCAAAAUGUAAAUGCUGUAAGAUUCUAUUGUUAUGCUGAAUGA